CUCUUUUUCUCUUUCUCUUCUUUAAAGACAAAGAAACUUUAGCAAAUGACAGACUUAUUCAAGUCUAAUGAAAAUGAGUUUUAUAUUGAACUAAAGCAAGAGAGAUACUAUUUUCCUGGCGAUGAUAUAUCUGGCGACAUCGUAUUGGACUUGAAGAAGCCAACGAAGACAAAUAAUAUCAAAGUGAGUUUGGAAGGCUGUGCUGAAAUUGGUGGAAAGUCAACUACAAUUUAUUCAAAAUCAUUGUAUGUUGCUGAACCACCAGCAGGAGAGAAAUCAUAUUAUCUCGAGGCCCAUACACAUCGAUUUCCAUUCAAAAUGAAUAUUCCAUCAUCCUCAGAGCUUAAAUUGCCCAGCACCUUGGAGAUUCCAAAACUAUUAAAAAUUAGUUACAGACUGAUAGCCGUGCAUAAUAGACCUUAUGUCAUUGUCGAAAAGUUUUGUUCGAUGGCUACAGAAACUGUGACGAUUUUGGAAGAUAUUAAUGUUGAGGCUGAUGACCUAAAAGGAGAGCAUACUCAGAUAAGGGAGCUCGUCUUGACAGGAGAAACCAGAAAAGUAAAGGUGGCUGUUAGUCUUGGUAAGCGCGCUGCUGUAAAAGGUGAUAUUAUUCCUAUAACGGUAACCAUUCAUCAUAUUGGUGUCAUGGUUAGAAGCAAGGCAAUAAAGAUACAGCUCAUGCGUUAUGUUUACUAUGGAAAGAACAAAAAUGAAGUGUUUGGACCCAAAAUUAUAUCAGAAACAACUUCCAAUAUUGAAAUCUCUGGACCUACUAGCUUUACCAAAUCAUUUAAUCUAAAAUUACCUAUUCCUGCAGCAUCCUCCUGCCCUACGGUUGAUAUUUCUUGUAACGUAUUCAAAAUUGAGUAUGUUAUCCGAGCCAGUGUUAAUCUGAACGAAGAAAAUCCUCUUCGACGGGAAGAGCCGAGUGAUAUAGCAUCUUUCAACAUUCCAUUUAUUAUUGGCACUUAUCCAAAACUCUCAUUCAGUAUUGACGACGAUGAAGAAGAGGAGUCAGAAAGCAUAGAUCAGAACACAGUCGAUACAGAUUCUACAAACCCAUCCGAGUAUGAUCAAGUGUUUGAAAAGAUGAAGGAAAUAGACUUGAAUUCAAUACCAACGACGCCUGUAUCAGUGAAGCAAGAUACGCCACCACUCAUUUAUCAGAAACCAGAUGAAAUUGAUGUACCUGAUAUACAAACGCCCAAGAAAGGCUUUAAGGCCCUUACACCACUUUCUCGAUUACAAGAAACGCCACCUGCUACCCCUACGACGGCCCUAUCUACUAAAUCGAAUGGAUUUAAUGCACAAUCCCCUACUCAAGAUACGUUUAAGCAGCAAUCUCCCCUCAGUACGCCUACUGUGCGCCAUCAAGUUACUGUAGUAUCACCACCCAUGGAGAAACUACAUGUGAUUCAAUCAGCAUCACACAGUCCAUCCCCUAGCACAAACACAAGCCCUCAGAUGUCACAAUCUAGCACAUAUAGCAGACACUCAUCUGGAAGCAUAGCGUCUGUACACAAACAAGAGAGCGCAGCGAGUAUGAAUGGCUUAGAGCGACAGGAAUCGAUGAGAUGGGUCUUGCCUAAUAAAGAUACUGCUGUAACAGUGUCCCCUUCUAUCUCUAACAGUAGCCAGCCAAUAAAUAGUCCUCCACCAUUGCCUGCUCGACCAUCAGCAAAUGGUAAUAAUGGAUCAAUGCCUACUAUAGCGAAUAGUAAGCCACUUCCUGUGCCCACAAGCCCCGUACCUCCACCUUUACCGAGUAGACCAAGGCCUACUACCAAUCUAUCUAGUCCAUCAUCUCAUAAUCUACCUGUAAAGCACAACACGAUUGGUUCACCUUACCACCAUGUGAACCAUCAACCCCUUCAGACAUCAUUGAGUCAACCUAUACUGUCAUAUAGCCACCAACCGCAAUCAAAUGUGACUUAUCCCCAACAGUAUAAUGGUAAUACAUUUGUCUCAAUGCCAAUUCCUACCAUUCCUGAUAUGCAACUACAACAACAACAACCUCACAAUGCUUACCAUAAUUACAGUCACAAUUCUCCACAACAACCAAAUCAGCCAUACUAUGCCAGCCAUAGUAAUACCACUGUUGACCAUAGCAACCAUUAUCAAAACAACACAGCGUAUGCACAUAACAAUAAUAAUGUACCAUUCCCUCAACCACAUGAUCCUUUUGGGAAUACUAUUUAUCAACAGCAUAAUCCUACGCAUUAUCAACCACCUCCAUAUUAUACUUUGUAAUAAAUAAAUUAGUAAUCCAAGUAUUAAGAAAAGAAAAGCAAAGGAUACG